AUGGCUGACCUUGAUGCCCCAGCUGAGGACAUCUCGAGUGAGGAUGGAGACCCAUUUGAGGAGAGGUUUCGAUUGCUGCGUGAGGAAGUGCAGGCACUCAGAUCUUUCGGACUAGAGCUCCAGGAGGAGCUGCGGCUAAUGGAUGAGGAGAGUGAGGAAGAGGAGGCCCCUCUCAUGUUCUCUGAGGAGCCUAGGAAGCAUGUUUGGCUUCAGUCCCCUGCAGCCUGCCCCCCUGAGAUCUCUCUCCCGGACCCCGAGGCGGAGUUUAGGGCAAUGCACCAGACAGACAGAGAAGAUGAGAGAUGUGAUGCACCCUGUGAUCCUGACCCUCUGCCCCCAGCCCAGCCCCCAGUGGUCUUCUUCCCAGACAUUGAGCCAACCCUGCCAUGGCGACAGAGCUCUGUCCAGCAGCCUACCAUAUCUGAUGAUUCUGAUGAUGGAAGACUCCAGGAGCCCGACGAGUGCCGGCUGGAAGGUGAAGGUAUGGAGUACAGGCUUACAGAGUCGCCUUCACCACUGUCUCCAGUGGUGUGUUUCCAGGAAGUCUCACCCACACUGAACUGGAUUCAGACCUCUAGGGAGGAACGAUCCACCAUUCAGGAGGGGAGGCUUCGUGGAAAUGAAGAACUCUACCUCUCAGGAGGAAUGUUUCAGCCCUCUGAAAGGGGGGCAUCAUGGAGAGGAGGAACUUCAGCCUUUAGCUGA